AUAUGACUACAGCAUCAUGUGUCGAUCCUCGUUACUUUACAAGGUACCAUGCUAAUGGCACAGGUAUGGAAGUGAAUUUAACAUGAAGGCAGAGACUACUAUGUUCAAUAUUCCAAUGGUGGUCUAUUGAAGGAUAGUCAAACUCAUUUUGAAGGAGUCUACGAAAGAGCAGGAUUAGGAAAGAAGGAAGUCCAAAUCAGUCUCCCUAGUAUAACACCCAAAUUCUAACAUUAUCCUAAUGAUGGUUCAGGAAGGGAUUUUUACAUUACGUAGAAAUUUAUUAAAAAACACAGAUGCAAUGAAGGUGGCCAGUUGCAGAAUUAAAGAAAGUUCAAUUAUCUAUUAAAUUUGCGGUCGUACAACAAAAUGCCUGAAGAACCGUUAUAAAAUGAUUUUCUUCGUAGAACAUCCUACACAACAAAGAGACAAGUCUUAAAAUCAAGACAGUUGCAAAGGUACUAAAGAUUCCUACCAUUCUAGCCAAUAAAAACAAUUAACUUUGAAGUUGUGCAGCCCAAAAAACAUCAAGUGACCUGAGAUAAUUUUGAAUAAUAAUUAAUAUAAUAUACAUAAUUCUUAC